GUCUGCGAGUGUUAACGUGCGCGUACGCAAGACAAUUGUUGAGCAUUCGAAAGCGUUUGUUCGCUUCAGUUGGAGUGUUGAUGCCGCAAAGUGAGUUUUCGGCAAGUCAAGUAGCCAAGCGGUGGCAAGUUGUGUUUUCUAAUAACUUGUAUGAUAAUUUAGUGCUAACAAAUAAAAAAUAUAACAUAAAAAAAUAACUAAGUUUAUUUGUUUAUGAUUUUUUUGUAUAAAAAAAAUUAUUAAAAAAUAAAAUUAAAAAAAAAUAAUAAAUUUGGUGCUUUCCAAUAAAAAAAAAGGUGCACGCAUAUUUUUCCACCCGUUACGAGUGUUGAUACCCCAAUCAAUUAAACAAAAAGUGCAAAUUGCAACAACUGCGCAAACUGCCAAGUUACACACUCAAACAGCAAUAACAACAACAUAUUGUAACCGGCUAAGCUGGCAUUCAACGUGCCCAUCGGCCACUGCGGCAGCCACGCCAACCAAUGUAACGCCAAGUCUCAGACCUGCCAGUCCAGCUACUUCGCGCCGUAAACCCCGCCGCCGCCGCAGUUAGUGCUAAAAUACGUGUGUGCUGUUGCGGUUGCAACAAAAGAAAAAAACAAAUAAAUGCAAUAAAUACAAAAUAAAUGGAAAAUGUUGCAAAACUUCCAUUAAACGAGUUUGACACAUAAACACAUGCAACACGGCCUUACAAGUGUAUAUGUGUAUGUGUGUUGUUGCUGUGUGUCUGUAUUUGUUUUUGUGUCCGCGCUCCGGAAAAACCUGUUGCACUCGGUGCUGCAUUCACACGCUCCGUGGCCAUCACAAACGGAGUGCAUUCAUUCUAUUGCAGUGUGUGUUGCAUGCAACAAAAAAUGUCCCGCUGUUGAAUUGCAUGUGGAAUGAACGAAAUAUAUUAUUGCAGCGAGCCACUAGAAUAGAAGGCACUAAAUAAUAGCAUUGCUAACUUAAGCUCUUGAAACUAACAUCUAGUAACAUAAAACACAAAAGAAAAGCGAAAAAAUAAAUUCGUUGCAAUUUCACCAUCAAAAUGCAGGACAUACGUUUGCGCGUCGAACAGCCCAUGUCGCGUGUGUCACCCACACAGACGCGUCGACCCAUACACCUACUGCCACAAAUAAGCUUAAGUUGCAAUGAACCGCCUUUGGAAGCGCACCUGCAGCCCAGUCAACAUGCAGUGCCGCGUUCACCGAGCUCCGAGGAGGAUAACUCACCCACAGAAAUGAAUAAUUGCCGGCGUAUGGCGGAUAAGCCACCUUUGGUCAAACGACUCACAAUGGGCAUGGGUCUGCUGCGCGGUACCGAAGACAGUCGUCCCCUGGUGCACACAGCCUCAUCUUCACUCAAUUCCGGCUCAUCACAAACCAUCUCCGACGGCUAUGUGAACGAAGCCAUUUGCGAACCAGAGAAAAUGAUAACCAACAAAUUCGGCGACUCCUGUCGGCAGUCGUUGACCGCGCUGCCUACGCUGGAAGCGGCGCAUAUAGGCUUGCAGGAACACACCGAAUUUAGCUAUAAGAAAAAGUAUCUGCGUGAAACGUGUAGUGCCAACUCCAGUCCAAAGAUGUUUGCGCCCAGCGCGCCGCUACGGCUCGACAAUCUCAGCUUGGCGGAGCAGCAUGAACUGAAGGGCGCCGCCUGGUUUCAAGCCGGCAUUCCGCGUGAGAUCUCAUUGGAGGUGCUGUCGCGUCAGAGCCCUGGCGCCUUCCUGGUGCGACAGAGUAGCACCAAACCCGGCUGUUUUGCAUUAUCACUGCGCGUGCCACCGCCCGCGCCCAAAGUGGCACACUACCUGAUACUGCGUACACCGCGUGGCUACAAAAUCAAGGGCUUCACCAAGGAGUUCACCUCGUUGCGCGCGCUCAUUACACAUCAUUCGGUAAUGCCCGAGCUGUUGCCUGUGCCACUGGCAUUACCACGGCCGACGAAUAUGGGCGCAGGCGCACCGGGUAGUCGACAUGGCUCACGAGGCAGUGAAUUGGAUGGCUGUGAUGAUUUCGAUACUUAUGGAUCGCUAAAUGAUUUUCGCAAAAUGAUGGCCGAUUUGAAUGUAUGACUUUUGAGUGAGACAAUGAGCGGGGACAACGGACUGACGGCGCCAAGUAGGCAAGGCGAUACAGCAGCAACGGCAACAACUACUGCAACACCAGCAAGUUGACCUCGAAUCAGCUGUCUGCGGCGCUGGUGGUGUGGACGAGGUUGAGGAAUUUAGGUGUAAAACAACCAAUAAAGCAACAACAACAACACAAUAUUAAACUGCAGCAAUAAGAAAAGCAGUCACAAACAGCAACAAAGCAUAUGCCACCGCACACAUUGUCGUUUGUGGCAACAACGCAGUGGCCGGCUAAAGUAGUCGUGUUGCAAGCGUUGCAAGAUUUGAUAUAUCAUCGACGCAAUGCGAAUGUUAACGAGCCAUCAUCAAGAGAACAUGCAACGUGUAAUACAAAAACAACAACAAUUACAAGCAACAUGUAAUACAAAAACAAUAACAACAACAAAGGCGUAAUUUACAACCACAGCGCAGAGUUAGAGUUACAGCACUAUUCAAUCAGCAGACCUAAGAACAACAAGAACAACUAUAAAAUCGAAUACAACAACAACAACAUUUAUUACGAAUACCAUCUGCUUUACACCGAUGGCAUUGACAGUGACCAUGACAGUGAUACUAUCAACUUGCCUGCCACACACGAGCCUCUUCCUGCAACAACCAUAUAAAGUGUACCGGCAACAACAGCAACCUGUGGCACAACCGCAUAGGUAACAUCCACCCAGAACAGUCAAAGUGCUGUUUAAUUAAUUAACACCGACAAGCGAUACACCAGCAGCAGCAGCAGACACCAGCCAGGCAGCCGAAUGUCGGACGACAAACGAAAUCUAGGCUGCACAAAUCAGCCAACUUGCUCCCACUCAUGCGUCGCAUGCACUGCUGUCUGCUGUUGUCCACUCUCCGCCACCGGCCGGGCCUUUAGUCUCGAUGACUUGUUGAAAUUCUAGCAAAAUGCAGAGUUUACGGCAAAUAGCUGCAUAACUGCAGUCGUCAGCAUUGUCUAUGCGAAUGUGUGUGUGUGUGUGUGUGUGUGUAACUUUAGUGACUACUGUUGAUUAAGCUCAGUAAUUAUUUUAAUUGGGCAACAUAUUCAAUGAAAUUGCUGGCAGACAUUGCUGGCUAAUGAAAAUCACAGAAUCACAGAAGAUUUACGGCCCACAAACGAAUCGCCAGCUAUGCGAGUAAUACCUACGUAAAUUUAUUAGUUAGUGCGUGUAAGCAAGGUUAAACCCAAAAUAUUUAGUUGAGCUUUAUGUGAAGAUUUUUGGCUGCUUGGAAGUGGCUUAGUAAUUUAACAAAGCCAAGCAGUAAUUGAUUUAUUGCCUUUAAGUGAAGUUGUAAGUUUGUAUGCAUUUGUGUAUGUAUUGCCUCUCAAAGGAACGGUACUUAGCGAGAAUGCCAGACAAGUUGAAUAGCAAUACAAAUCUUCAAGCAUUAGAGGUGGUACCACUAAGACGUCUAAACCACAUGUCUCAUGCGUAAACUAAGUAUUUGGAAGAUUGCAAAAUAUAUAACGGUUAAUGACUGCAUUGGAGAUAGUUUUUUACACAGACACCUGGCUGAAAUUUAAGUUAAAGCUUUCAAAUAUUUUCAUUAGUCCGUAAAAUGUGUUUAGGGUUUGGAAUAUGCUCUUUAAUUUAUACAAAUAUGAGUUGAGAGUCUUCUUCUUUAUUGGCGUAGACACCGCUUACACGAUUAUAACCGAGUUUACAACAGCGCGCCAGUCGUUCUUCCUUUUCGCUGCGUUGCACGAAGAGUUUACAUGCACUAAAUUUCUGUCCAGGGGUUUUCUUUUGAGGACUGAAAACAGAAAAAUUCUCUAAAGCCCAUUCACAGAAAAUAUAGUGAGGUUCGUAUGCUUCCAGUUAAGUAACAUAAUAAACUCCUCUCCAAGCAGUUUCUGCUGUGCUCAUUUCGUAGAAACCCUACUUGCUUUCUUGACAAACCCUGCUUGCUUUUCUAACAAAACCACCUCCUAGAAACAUCAAAAGGUAUUUCCUUAAUUUCGUCGACGAUAUAAGACAGUGCACCGACUGGACUUCAGAUGCAACUAACUUCAGACAUGCACUCACCGUCACACACAGUGAAUCUAUAGACACCUUCACCGACUCCCUCUCAUUAAAUGUCGUACUUGGACUCAAACCGCUACCCACAUACCAAAUAUAUGUCCAGCAAGCAACGAGUCUCCGCAUGACUCUAACCAUCUCUUUGCAUACCCAGCUAACCGUACACAUCUGACACGCCUCUCCCUAUGGCCCGAUCCCAUCGAAACAACACGUUUCCUAAGCCUACCGUUGGAUGAUCUCAAUGACAACUUACAUAUCUGAACUUUACCACCCUAACGGGGACUAAAAAGCCGUUACAACAACAACAGCUAUACAGUGAAUCUGGAACAAAUUCGAAAUACUAUAUUAUGUGCUUGUGAGCCUACUCAACUUUCCGAAAACUUUCACAUAAUAGCAUGAAAUAUGUAUGUAUGUACAUAUAUACAGAUCUUUACAUACAUUUACAUUAUAAGUAAGAACACAAAAUAACACGUGUAACCUUUUUUCUCAACAAAUUAGUUAAUCAGUUUAAAUUAUUUUAAUAUAUUUUAACAAAUUUCAUUAACAGCCUCUGCCAUAACAUUAAAUUCAAGUUACGAGAAGAAAAUGUUAAAGAAUUAAAUGCUAAUUAACAUUAUCUGUAUCAAUUUCACUGUUGUUAACACCGCUGCAUAUUAGCAGUUGCAUGCAGACUGCAAAGCCAAACGAAAAGCGAAAACAGACAAUAUACAUAUAAAUACACACGCAUACAUACAUAUAUGACCAUAGUAAGCACAUGCACACAUAUAAAAUGAGAUUCCUUAUUUUCAGUUUUUGUUCUUCAAUACUGUGACUUACCUCCUCAACUUUUGCGAAGCACUUGCACUUGAACUAUGCAAAAUGUAAGCGCUACGCCUCAGCUGGACACACAAUUUAAGAAUCAUCAGAUACUUUCUAGCACAUUCGCCUGCGGUGCACAUACAAUCGAAUACACUCACUUUUUUAUUCACAAAAUCAAGCUGCUUGUAUAAUAAAUACAGCCGGCAAUAAAUGUUAAUUAACACACGUUUAAAAAUGCGCACAACUUUUGAUAUAUUAAAACAUUACUAAUUUCUACUUAAAAUUAUUGCAUUAUAUUAUAAAUUCUAUUUUUACUUUCAUUACUUCAAAAUGUCACAAUUUUACACUCCCGAGACGGAAACUGACAGCUAGCGGAAGCCUUGCCGGGCGUUGCUGAAUAUGCACAGAGUGUCAAGUAGUUUAAGACACUAAUUUUCAGCUAACGUUAGCAUGCUGCUGUAAAAAUUGAAAAAUGAAAUAUAAAUUAGCGAAAGCACAAAUACUUCACAUACAUUAUUAGCUAUGAAAAAACGUUUAAGAUUGCUCAAGUAAUUAAUUGAAUUUUAUGGCAUAUUAUUUUAUUAUGCAUACACAUUAAUUUAGAAUAGUUAAAAAACAACAACUUUUGUUUAUCUAUAAAUUUUAGUUUUUGUUUAAUUUUAUUAAAUAAAAGAAAUUAUUCAAUAUGUUUUAAAUAAUUAUGCAUAUGGAAAUAAUUGAAUCGCAUGUGCACCCUGUACUCAGCAAACAAACGUCAUCUCAACCGCCUCCGUUAGUUUCCGUUUGCGCUACUUCAACAGUUUUCACUCUAAUUCGUAAUUGCAGUUCAAAAUUGUGAAUUUCGCAUUAAAUAUUGUGGUGAUUGAGUUAUUUUAAGCGUAAAUAUAUAGUAAAAAGUAUUGUGCUUCGAAAAUAAGUAAAAGUUUCCGCCAGGCUAUGUUUUUAAGUGUUUAUUUUUUGUGAGAAAAAAUCAGCUAAAGUGGAGUGCGCUAUACGCCGCCACAGAGCAAAUUAAUUGUGGUUAUGAAUGUGAAAUUGUAUAAAAGUUCUCUGCCGGGCUAUAUUUUUAUUUGUGAAAAAAUCAGUUAAAUCUAAUAAUCAAGAGAAAAUGCAAAUUCAAGUAUUAUAUUCCAGUUCAAGGUAAGUCUCAUUGGAAGCACUUUUAUAGGUUAUUAGCUAAGACUUAGUGCGAUGAGCAAUGAGCGCGGCGCUAGGGCUGCGAAUUAGCAAUAACGUUAGCUUGUGAGUUUAUUGUUUUACAAGUACAUUUGUACAUACAUACAUUCUUGCAUACUUACAUACAUAUAAACAUACAUUUUCGUUGCAUUUUCUGCCAAAUAUUUUUCAAAAUAUGAAACUGUUAAUUUUUCACCAUAAAUUAUUUCGGAAAAUUCAGGUGGACAGUAGCCAAAAA